CCUGAGCAGUCACUAGAGGGAACUGAGAGUGGCAGGCGGGGAGGACACGGUUUUGUGAUGAUCACUGAUGACUGGUUGUUAAGGCGCACGUAGGAACAAGUCUUGCCCAGGGUGCCAACGGGGAAGAGCCACCGUGGCCCUUGCCACUAGAGCUCGCCGGCGGCCGGGGCGGCACCGAGACCCGGCCACCGCGGGGGAGCCGCGUUCUGCGCUCAGGGGCGGGUCCCGGCGGCCGCUCCCUCCGCCCCCGGAGUCGCCGCCACCGCCUGGCUGCGCUCCAGCCCACGGCUCAGACCCGGCAGCAUCCCCGGGGGCCGUAGAGGCGGCAGGAGCUAGAGUCCGCGUCGCAGCUCUCGGCCACCGAGAAGCCGGGCUAGCCGAGCGCGAAGGGACCAGACACGGCGGGCAGCUCUGCACGCGGCUGGUGAGUGCCUGGCGGAAGGGUAGCGGGAGAGGGUACUGCUGGUGCGAGGAUGGAGGACCGAGGCUUGGGGUCAAGGUAUACUGAAAAGGUAUUCCAUCAAGAGAAAUCUGGGGGAAGCUGGAAACCAUCAAGUUACUGAGGCCACACAGGGAGCAGAAAGGAUCGAGGUGUUGCUAUGAGGACAGAUUCACCAAAAAUGACUGAUGUGGAGGCUGUGGUCAACAAUUUUGCAUCUUCAGCAAGGGCAGGCCGCCGGAAUGCUGUACCCGACAUUCAGGGCUCAGCUGCGACUGGAGGAACCUCAGAGUUGCCCCUCAAAUUGGAGGACCUCUCCGUGAAGGAAGAUGUGAAAAAGAAAGAUGAAGAAACAGCACAAAGCCCAUCGGAAAAGCCUCAGAAUGAAGGAAAAUGAAGGCUCAUAACCUAUCAAACGUGCUGUAUUGCCGCACAUUGACAGACUUAGUGGCUCUGCUUUCCCGAGAUGUUCAGUCUGGUAGUAACUAUGGUAACACUGCAUCCCUAAGCGACAUGUGUGAACUAGAUAAUUUCCGUAUGAUGCUACUCAUUGAAAUGUAACCAUGAUGUCCAAUUUGGGUUAUUAAAAGGCAGAAUACUUCCAAAUUGCAUCCAAGAAAAAGGUUAAGAAUGUAUGGUCAUUUAAAUACAUGUAAUUGUCUAUAAGCCCCCCAAAAUACACUGUUCCCUUUUGGACAUGCUCAGCCAGAUGUAUUUUCAAUGCAUUUUUAUGGUAAUGGAUAAACCAUUUCUUGGUUAAUAUAAAACAAACACCAUUAAUUUAAAACUUGAUGGAAUUUGUAGGAAAUGAUGUUUCUUGGUGAAAAGUCAAAAAUGCAUCAUGCCUCCCCCAAAAAACCUUAAAAAGAUUUGGAAAUAUUGUAGAAGUUUGACAACCUAAACAUCUCUAGGAUUAUUUGUCCGAUGUGUUUUGCUUCUAGUCUAUGCAUACUGUGAUUUUUUUCCUGUGGACUCUUAAAAUGGAAAAUUUGUGACAAAUUGUUUAUAUGGAACAUAUCUAUUAUUAAAUGAAUUUCACUAUCUUCUUUAACUUUGAUGUGGGUGUAUGUUUUUCUUUAAUGAGAAUUAAAUACUUUACUAGUUGCUUUAUACUGUCUUUUCUUAUUCUUAGGGCUUUUAUGUAUUAUGACUUGUUUCUAAAAUAAUUUCCUCAGGAGUGUAGACCUUAAUUUUAUAUCUUUCCUGAAGUAAGCUAACAUAACAGUAGGCGCUUAAAUCUAUAGUGAAUGAUGUAGGUAGAAACAGCAAAACACUUGUUUUUUUAAUAUGUAUUUAAGUUUCUAUUCUAAAAUGAACAAGAACAAAACCAAAGCUCUAGUAAAUUUUGAUUUAUUAGACAUUUAAAGAAAAUAAUGGAAUUCUGAAUUUUUAAAAUAAUUAAACUAAUGAAUUUAUGUUCAUUAUCAGAGACAUAUGCAUGCAGUUACAUUUUAUUUGAUUGUCAACUUAGGCCAUGUCUGUAUACAGUAAUCAAAUAAACUUCACUGUUAAAGAAA